AUGUCGAAUGGCCACCAGCUGGCUUAUACCCUGAGGAAACAUGAGCACGAAGUCACUGCUUUGAAAAUUGUUGGUCAAGAGCCAUUUCCCUUACUGAUAUCGGGAGAUCGCAGUGGAUUACUACUGGUGUGGGACCUCAUCACUCGUCGACCUAUUACAAACUAUACGUUGGAUUCAAAAGCUCAGAUCAUUCACAUUGAUAGUAUCGAUAACUACGUUACGGUUUUGUCCAAGGACCAUUAUCUUCGCUUCUAUCGUAUGCUUGAUGAAUGCGAUGCUGAACUGACCAUCAAGAGCGAAAGUAGUACUUCAACCACGGAGUACAAAAAAAAAUGUGGUCUCGAAGAAGUGUACUGUAUACCGGUGAACACUUUGAACUUCGCUAACGUGGCUUUACAAUCGCUGUCAAAUGGUCUCUACAGACUAUGGUGCUGCAAUACGCAAGAAUCUGAGAGUUUCGAUGUCUACACUUUCAACGUAAAAGACAUACGGUCGCUCAAACGUCAGUUCAGAGCUAUUGACCUCUAUAGCAUCCUGAUCGGGGCGACCAAUUGGGACCGGAAAGCGUCUUUGGAGAAAACUGGCCUUAUUAUGUCGUUUCUAAACGUUGAUGGAGUGGUGUAUGUUGGUUAUGAAAGCGGAUUCGUUGUCGGCCUUCGAUUCAUCGAGCCUGCAGCAUCAAAACCACUGUUGGCGAUCGUUCAUGCUUCCUCUGUGCACUACCCUGAACCGGUUUUGUCGCUCUGCGGUAGCAGCGACGGUCGGAGCGUCUACAGUUCGUCUACAACCAAGUUUGUGGGAAAACACAAGGUUGACCACGACUACAAACCAAACAGUGAGAGUUCGAACGUACAAUCUAAUGGUGUAACAUAUAGCCAGUUCUUCUCGCUGAACAAUUCUACUAUUGAGCUUGGAACUACUGAAAUAGCACAUUUAGAGAGUUUGAAGAACUCGUUGGUGGCACUGAACUGGAAGGGACAAACCGUGGUCGCAAAUGAACAGGACUCCCGUGUAAUUGGCUCUAAACUACGAAGCAACCUUGUGGUGGAAGCUUCUAAUGUGGGAAGUUUCUCUGCAGACAAGAGGGCCAAAAUAUGGGUCAAAGCCAGUAGUAUCGUUUGUCUAGGUUCACAUUGCGUUUCCCCAAACAGAUCACUGAGCUCGGGCUACUGGAAGCGGGUAUCCCAAGCAGCUGCAAGAAACUGGACUUUCACGGGUUAUGAAGACGGCUCUAUAGCUAUGCAAAGUUUUGAGUUGUGA